GAGCCAGCCAAGCGUGCCUUCCUCGUCUGGAUGAGCGCAUCUUCUUUUUUUUUGGCAGCACAUCGUCUGCCACAUCCAGUAUCCCAUCCCCCAAUAUUCAUACUAUCUCCAAGAAAAACAGUGAGCAUGGCACCUAAGAUCCAGCCCAACCCCCAGAAAGUAGCUUCCAUCUUGGCAUGGUUUCACAAGACAGCACAGGCGCACAGUAUCAAGGACCUUGAGAAGACGCUGCCUCAGGUGUCUUCCAUCAACGGCAUGCAAGUCAAAGACUAUCUACAGGCACUUUCAGAUGACAACAAAAUCCGCGUCGAGAAGAUUGGCAGCGGCAACUGGUACUGGAGCUUCCCAGCCGACGAGAAAAAGACAAAGAACACCACUCUCAAAAAGGCCCAAGAAGAGUACGACAAGGUCAGCGCAGCUGUGUCUGAGCUGCAGGAAAAAGUAGGAAAUGCAGAAGCUGCUCGUACAGAGGACGAAGAUAUGCUCAUGGAGCCUGGUGGCGAUCGCAAGACUCUCAUCGCAAAGCACGCCGACUUGAUGAAGGAGGUGGAACAACUUCGCACAGACUUAGCCGCGUACAGCGAGUAUGACCCAGUUGAGCUAGAGAAGAAAGAGAGUGAAGCACACAAGGCUCGCCUCGAUGCCGAAAGAUACACUGAUCACAUCUUGGCCAUGCAGGGAUGGUUCAAGACCAUCACGGGCGGUGGUGGAGGACGAGGAGAGGAUUUUCUUAAUUUGCUAAAGAUGCUAUAUGGUGAUGAGUACGACAAUGAGGAGGAAGGCUUGCGUGAGCUUUGAUGACCUAGGCAAGGUUGUGGAUUUCACGGCCAUGUCGGAUACACACUCUAUACUAGACAGUCACCAAUUGCUGCGGGCACCAGGAUCAGGGUGUACUGUGUAAGUAUCAUUUUAGGGUGUAUUGUGGAGGCAAGGACAAGGGAGUUCCACAUGCGAAAUCACCAUCAUGUCGACUCAUUCACUGCGCCACAGUCUAGAUAUUUCUUGAGUCAUGUUGGUGGCGCAUGGGCCACUGUUUAGCUAUCAUUCGCUUGCGAGAGCGUCAUCGUAAUACCUUUAGU